GGGGCCGUCUAUUUAAAAGCGCCUGCUCGACCAGAGCCCGCAGUCUCUUUGGAAACUUCUGCCGGGGGUUUUAAAAGAGCUAGGAAAGAGCUGCAAAGCUGUUUGGGCUUUUUUCCCCCUUUUUUGUUCCUUUUUGUUAUCCCCCUCCUCGGUCUGCACCCUUCUCCGGACUUCCUGCGGGUUUCGAAGAGGUGGUGGCAGAGCAGGAGAAAAGAGGUGUUGGGGUCCAGGUUUGGUGAGGUCUGAGUUUUUGCCUUUUAUUUUUUUUUUUUUUCCUCUCCCUUGAUUUCAACAUUUUCCCGAUCUUCUUGGCGCCGCCGACGCCUCUUACCUGUUCUGCGGCAGCGGCGCAGCUGGCAGCUGAGAGAAGUGGGGGUGCGUUUUAGAUUUUAAGCAAAGGCAAAAAAAAUUAAGCCAAAUCCAUUUUUUUUCCUUCACCUCUCCCCGUUUCAAGGCCUCCAAGAUCAUUAUUUCUGUAGCUUUGGGGUGAGCGAUUCUGUGUUUCUCUUCAUCACCCCUCCAAUUCUGACCCGAUCCCGCCUGGGUCUCCGCUCACUGCGUGCACCUGGCGCGCCUCUUUUUUUUUCACCCCCAACCUGUUGCAAGUCUUUAAUCCUUGCAAUUGGGACUUGCGUGCAGGCACCUGAAUCCUCCUUGCCUCAUAUUUUGCAAGUGUUUGGAGGACAGCACCUGCUCUACCUGCAAGAGAUAUUUUUUUAAAAAAAAAAAUCUCCAGGCUCCCUCUUGGCCCCUUUCUCCACACACUCUCGCUCUCCUGCCCCGCCCCGAGGUAAAGCCAGACUCGGAAAAAAUGGUGAUCAGCGUGGUCCUCCUGCUGCUGGCCGCCUGUGCCGUGCCGGCUCAAGGCCUGGGCUCUUUCGUGCAUUGUGAACCCUGCGACGAGAAAGCUCUGUCCAUGUGUCCCCCCAGCCCUCUGGGCUGUGAGCUGGUCAAAGAGCCCGGCUGUGGCUGCUGCAUGACUUGCGCCCUGGCGGAGGGACAGUCGUGUGGCGUCUACACGGAGCGCUGCGCCCAGGGUUUGCGCUGCCUCCCCCGGCAGGAUGAGGAGAAGCCGCUGCACGCCCUGCUGCACGGCCGCGGGGUUUGCCUCAACGAAAAGAGCUACGGCGAGCAAACCAAGAUAGAGAGAGACUCUCAGGAGCAUGAGGAACCCACCACCUCCGAGAUGGCUGAAGAGACCUACUCCCCGAAGGUCUUCCGGCCCAAGCACACUCGCAUUUCCGAGCUGAAGGCCGAGGCUGUGAAGAAGGACCGCAGAAAGAAGCUGACCCAGUCUAAGUUUGUGGGGGGCGCGGAGAACACUGCCCACCCCCGAGUCAUCCCUGCACCUGAGAUGAGACAGGAAUCUGAGCAAGGCCCCUGCCGCAGACACAUGGAAGCUUCCCUCCAGGAGUUCAAAGCCAGCCCACGCAUGGUGCCCCGUGCCGUGUACCUGCCCAACUGUGACCGCAAAGGAUUCUACAAGAGAAAGCAGUGCAAGCCUUCUCGUGGCCGCAAACGUGGCAUCUGCUGGUGUGUGGACAAGUACGGGAUGAAGCUGCCGGGCAUGGAGUACGUCGAUGGGGACUUUCAGUGCCACGCCUUCGACAGCAGUAACGUUGAGUGACGCGUCCCCUCCCUUCCUCCCCCCUUCCUACCCCCCCAGCCCCAACUCCAGCCAGCGCCUCCCUCCACCCCAGGACGUCACUCAUUUCAUCUCAUUUAGGGGAAAUAUAUAUACAUAUAUAUUUGAGGAAACUGAGGACCUCGGAAUCUCUAGCAAGGGCUAAGGAGACACUCCCCAUCCCGACCCCGGAAACGUAUUCCUAUUUGAAGCAAGUUGAACGGACAGAGAAGGGAAGAAGAGAAGGGGCAAGAAGGAGCGAGGAAUGGAAAGAAAGCAUUGGAGUAGAGGAGAAGGAAGGACAGAUGGGAUUACAGAGAGAAGAGAGAAACGGCAAGGCAGACAGGGCUUCACAACCAGGGCUGGAUCUGCCCUUUGCUUUCAACUCUAGCCUGGGGUCAGAGAAAGGUUGGGACACUCAAAAAUGUGGCAUUCAGUGACACCCAGUUUAGAUUAAUCGUGGGGAGAAAAGGAACAAGGUGUGUCAGUGCCUCUCUGGGGUCUGUUGCUUCCUCCAGCUAGACCCCUCACCCUCCUCUCCUCUUACCCAAGUGCAGGGUGGUUUCUUCCCCAAAUUUAUAAAGACGAAAAUGCAUUCCAUCCCUCUGAAAACAAAGGAAACCAAGUGAUUGCAGAUAGGUUUUUCCCCCUGAGCAGAAGAGUGAACUCAGAAUGUGUACAAAUUUUACUCUCGUUGGAUUUUUUUUUUUUUAAAGAAAUCAGUAUGCCCCGCCCCCAACCACUGGAAAGACUUGAUUUUCCAGGGUGACAAGCAUUCAGAAGCAUGUGGCUUUGGCCCUUGAUUCCACUAGACUCAAAGCUGGCCCAGCAGCCUCUGUAGAGGAGGAGGAUAGGCGGAGAAAACGAAGGGGUUUGUACUUACCCUCAAGGCUCCAUGUAGACUUAUAUAGGCAUAUAAAUCUAUUUUCUUUACUUUUAUUCCCCCUUCCCUUUCUUUCAAGGUUUUUGCAUUACCUCUUUGAAGUAGUUUUUUUUAGGGCCCUGAAGAUCUUCCUCGUUCUGAGAAAUCCAUAAUUCACUACUACAACCCAGAACGCCUGCUUUGGCCUGCGUCUGGCAGCCUUCUCAUGAACUACAGAUGUGGCUCUUUAGUGGGGCACAUUUGGAUCCUCUCCUGAUUCCCAGCCUGUGUUUAAAUGUACCCACCAUGCCAGGUAGCUGCCAGUACCCAAGGGUGCAUCAACUGUACAGUCCAUUUCAGCCUUCCAACCUUUGGAAAGUAACUGUCUCACACCACACCAUAUAAACCCACCAGAUCCAUCUUCAACCCACUGGCCUGCCCAGGCCUUUUACUCUAUCUGCAUUUUUUUUUUGAAUUGCAUUUUGGAAGUCUCCCUCAGAUGCCAGACUGACAGAUCAGAGAGAAACUGCCAUGAGAGAUGACAGAGGAGGAGGAAGUAGAGGGUGGGGAGCGCCUUCCACAGAGAGACAUAGAAGAUAUAGCAGAGAUGAACUCUUGGGGGAGAACAAGAAAGAGACAAGAAAGAGAGAAAUACCCAUAGAAUUUUCCUUGGUGUCUCCCAGCUAAUCAGCUCUCUGGGAUUUGAAAGGAAAAUGGGGGGAAAGGGGCUCUGAGGUAGAAAUGAGCUCAGCUCAAGUCACAGAGCCCAGAUGGUGGGUAAUUGAGGCAAGAUGCAGACUGGAGACGCAUGGUUGGAAACAAGGAUCAAUAGCCUGAAUGGGUAUUGAAGGGUGAAGAGGACGCCUGUGAAAGACAGCACAAUUUCAGUCCAACUUCAGCCCCCCAAGGAGGGACUGAGGCCAAAGAAUCUUUCAAGCGCUUCAUUGAUUCUGCCCAACUCAAACAUCCUCCCUGGGACAGAGGAUGGUAGAAAGCCCAGGACAGCUCAGGCCUAGACCUUCAGAGAAUUUGAUCCAAGAGAAAAAUCUCAUUGACCACUGGCUUCUUCACCAAAGAGGUGUUUCACAAAGGGCUUAGGACUGUCUUUGAAGACUGAAGAUUGCCUGCCAGGAGAGGGGAGUAGGACAUUGGUACAGGAGGACCCCCUUGGGCUGUGGACACAGCUCUUUGCUCUUUCUUGAUGGCGUGGCAUAGUAGAGGCCCCCUCCAACACAGGCACGUGGAGCAGCAAAAAGGGACAGCAAAGAAACAAACGUAUGUCAACUUAUAGGACAUGGAUGGCUACGGAGCUAGGAGGGGUUGUCUCCUAUUGCCUGGACAGGACAGUUGGCUGGGAAUAAAGGAGGCAGUUGAUCUUCACAAGACAAAGGGCCUGAUGGAGUUGGCAAUACAAGGACUUACCAGACCUGCAGGGUCAGUUUUAACCAUCACCCCGCACGACAUCCCCAGCCCCCAACCUGAACUUGUGUAUCUUAGGCCAGUAUCCUAAACCUUUUCCAUGAGUCGUCUUCUUUCUGCCAUUUUUCCUCUGGAUCUUGAGCAGUCAUCAGACUGAGAUUUGCCAAGUGGAUACUGGGGUACCGUUACCCCCAAGAAAGACUGAGCCAGGAACUGCCUACCUACUACCCCUCCCAGGCCUGGAGCUAACUCCUGUGAGGGGUGGUCUCUUCACCCCACUACUUGCUGGACCUUGAAUGAGCCUCUGCCCCUUCCAUGGGCUCUUUGUUUUGAGCCACAGAUAGAGGACAUUGUGUAGACACUUAGCCUUCCCCAGUUCAGCCUACCUCCCCCAAGAUUGUGAGUCUCCCCGCUGCUUAUACGGAGAGGCAUGUCUAAGACAGCAAGUCUUUUCCUAGAGGAAGCUUGCCUUUAACAGUCAGAUGGAACUAAGCCUUCCCAACGGGAGGUCUGACUGAACCCAGGAUAUAGAGACCAUGGAAAUGGGGUCAUCGAGAGAAGAGGGAUGCCCUUGUCCAUGUUAUGGGGAGAGAAGGCAGGCUUGCAAUGGUCCCAUCAUGCCCUGCGUAAGAAGCUUCUUGGAUCCAGACUAGCCUUUAGCUCCACUAGAGGCCUCUAUGUUGGGUUUAUCCACGGCCGUAGGUCUAAGUGUUGCCUGUCCCCACCUCCACCUCCCAUGAAGGGCUUCUUCCCACCCCUUUUUGACAAAUGCCUCACUCACGCAGUGGAAAAGAUAGCUCUCUUCCCCCUCUACUGCCAGGUGACUGAGAGAGGCCUAACCAGGACCUGUUCUCCAUCCCAGCCAGUCUUGACCAGCCAGAACAAAGCAGGGAACCUGGAGAAUAAAAGACUCUAUGUUCCUCUGACGGCCAGGCCUAAGCAGACAAGGCUUGGGAACAGCUGCCCCACAGGAGACUGAGGAGGCCAUCUGUGCUCACUCCUCUUCUCCUUCCAAGACCCUCUUCCUACCAUGAGUUAUCACCAUGGUAACAUCCUCACCAUCCUUCUCCCACCACCAAGGGUUGCCACGGCAACCUCCAAACCACCUGCCCAUCCCAGGCAGGGCAGCAGUCCUUCUUCUCAGAACCCUAGAGGACUCUAGGUGAAAAAUUACAGCCGGAGAGAGGUGUGAGCCAAGGAGAAGAGACCCUGUAGCCCUCUGGCUUUCAAGAGAAUGGAGGCUACGAUUUAAAACACAGUGGAAGGGAAAGAGGUUUCAUCAGCCUCUACCAAGGAGCCGAGGGGUUGUACUGUCUUUAUUUUUAAACCACUAAAGUGCAGUGUUUGCUGCACUCUUGUUACUCCACCCUCUCUUCCCCGUUCUUAUUUCUUCGAGCAGACUUUCUUGGUGUUUUUUUUAAUGGAGUAUAGACUCUCACCACUUCACAGACUCUGACCUCCUCUCUAAGUCUUUCUGGAUGGGGAAAAGGAAGGUAGAGGGUCAGAGGGGAGGGGGGGAUCCCUCGUCACCCCGCAUCCAUUCACCCCACUUCUCUGGUCCCUAGUCACCAGCCUCAGUCCCCAUCUCCGACCGUCAUUGUCACACAGAUAGCCUGUCACACGGAUAGCACAGUUCAGACAAGACUCCUUCAGAUUCCGAGACGCCUACCGGUUGUUUUUGGCUUUUGUUUUGUUUGUUUGUUUUUUUACGACAGCAAUAUUCACAGCACAUUAUUACUGUAGCUCUUUGUAGUGUUGCGUUCAGGCACCAUAGCUCUGUUCUCUCUUCUUUUUUGUUUUCGACUUUAAAAAAAAAAAUGCUUAUACUUUUUACUGGUGAAAUGGAUUGAAAAAAAAAAUUCAACAGCAAACCAGUUUGUGGAAAAAAAAAAAAAAACGAAACGUGGGGAAAAAAAUCACCCCAUUGUGGAAGAGCUCAGCUCCUCUUUAGCAUUUUGUACUUAAGGAAAUAAAAAAGAAAAACCUGCAAGAUCUCACAUUUUAUUACAAGGUGAAGAUUGCUGUAUUCUAUUUAUUCAACUCAUAAUUUAUGUUACUCCCUGAUCUUUGUCUUUUGUCGUGACAAAGCAUUUAUUUAAUAAAAUUAUGCAUUCAGUUA